UCGAGCUUGUGUUACCUGUUCAUCACUUCUGGCUAAUUUCUAAUUUUGGGCGUUAGGUGGGUAGGUUGGGUAUAUAAUAGCCACUCAAUUGCCCUCGCUGGCUCGAGUCAGAUGCAAUUGGAGUGAGAUUUGAACAGUACGCGAAAGGUGGAAGUCAUGGCUUCAUGUAUAUGACUAUCGCCGCGGGGAACGAAUUAUCUCGAUCUAAUUUAUUUCUGGAAGUCGAGCUGGAACCAGACUUGGUGAGCUUUCAGAAUUGGAAAAGUGAAGGGUUCACUGUUGGGCGGUGAAAGCUGGGGAUCUGGAAAUUUUUGAUUCACCGGUUCUUUGUCCUCGAGUGCGUGCGCAGAUUCAUAUUUGAAAGGCACGUGCAGUUUCACCAAUUCACUUCGACAGCACGGGACAGGAAACAGCAUAAUAUAAACACCCAUCGCUAUCCGACUUCUUCGCUAAGCUAACAACCCCGGAAUGAGAUAUGGCUGCAACAACCUCAACUACGCGAAGGGAAGAGAGUGGCAAGAGUAUGCAGGAGGAGAAACAGAAAAUGGAAGACAAGACGUCGUACUUCAAGAACCACCAGGAUCUGAUCGAUCUUUCCCCCGACGAGGAAGACGAUGGGGAUACUACUGUAGACGAGACAGAUGACGGGGACACCACUGUAGACGAGACAGGCAGUGAAGUCCGAAACGCAGAUGCUGCCAAGCGAGUGAAGAGCACCAAGAGGAAAGUCGACGAGGGCUUGGAAAGGAUCGAGAAGGCUUGGAGGGAUACAUCGCCUUCUAAUCUGAUCCGGAAUGACAAGAGGAAACGGAUGGAGAGCAUCGGAGGGGAUGAACAGGUCCCGCGACUCGUGAGGCAGAAGAGUAGUUUUCUUGGCCCAACGCCGAAAGAGAGGCGCGCGGAGUUCGAGAGGUUCGCUAUGGAGAGGAAGAUGGCUAUGAGGAAGGAGAGCGAGGAUGCGGGAAUGCCGAAAGAGAGACGCGCAGAAAUUGAGAGGUUUGCUAUGGAGAGGAAGAUGGCUAUGAGGAAGGAGAGCGAGGAUGCGGGCCCCGAAGGUAGUCGACCGUCAUCGUCUGAUGGAUUUUCUACGCCACCCCCACCACCGGAGCCUCCCAAGCAAACCGCGAGAGCGCGGGCGCGACAACCGGACGACAAACAAAGUCGACAGGCCAAGGGUAAGAAGAAGGUCGAGCAAACCGAAGAGGAAGAAAUCCCAUUCUGGCGACGUGUCGGCAGCAUCCCGCGCGAACUCAAAUCUGGCCGCAAUGUGAAGCCCGCUACUCGCAUCGUACUCGUGCCGGAGCGUAGACAGCUGUUUAAGGGGAAGAUCGUGUACUACUACCCCAACGACGACGUGAGCACCGCGCGGAGACAGCGUAUACACAAGUUGAUUCAGCUGGGUGCUGCGUGGGUUACGAAGUGGAGGGACGAUGUCACGCAUGUCGUUGUGGAUGAUAAGGAUAGGGGGUAUGGGGCGCUGAUGAGGCAUCUAGGAAUGAAGGAAUUGCCGCGGACUGUCGUCUUAGUCAAAUUCGAUCCGUACAUCCCACAGUGCAUGCAGCUCGGUACUGUCCUCGACCCAACAGCGAAUCACUUCCUGGUCAAAGACGCGCCGAAGCCACAGCAGAAGAGCUUGGAAGCUACUGUACCUUCCACGGUGCCGGAAUCUCAGUCAGAUGAGUCUUUGAAGGUCAAGUUGACCAGGAAGCAGCAGCGGGAGAAGGAGAUCUCACAGAAGACGGACUCGGUUGCGACGGAGGAUAGCAAUAUGCUGCUGUUUCCUCCUCCUUCGACCGACAGAGUUCUGGAGAGUCCAGCGAGAGAGGAGAUCGUGAAAGAUAGUUUUGUGCAGCCACCGUCUGAUUCAGUUGAAGAGCCGAUCGAAGCGUUACUUAGCGAAACCCGAGUCGACUAUGGUGAUGCUCUGUCAAAGGCGAUAGAAGAAACAAAGGCAAUAGCUCACCUGCCGCUCGACGAAGACGAGGAUGAGGGGAAUGACACCGCACGGCCAGGCUCUGCCAACUCAGACUCUGAGACAGACACAGACGUAGAAUCCCCCCGAGCCGUCAAAAAGCAACCUAGGAAAUCAAAGUUUGCUUCGGCAGCGCCAAAGUCUCAGUGGCCAACGAAGAAAGGCUUCGACCAAGCCAACUACCAGUGUAUGGAUCCUCGAAAGACUAAUGCCAAUGCGAAUGCAAACCCCAAUGCACGCACGAUUCAGAUCCUUGAGGAGAUGGGUCGAUAUUACGAUCAGAUGCAGGACUCCUGGCGAACCCUUGCAUAUCGACGUGCAGUAUCUACUCUUCGAAAACAAACAACUAAGAUCACCACGAGGGAAGAGGCUUCUGCUCUGCCAUUCAUCGGCUCCCGACUUGCAGAGAAGAUCGAAGAGAUUGUACUCACGAACCGUCUCCGACGUCUCGACUCUACGAAGUCGGAUCCUGCGGACCAGACUCUGCGCAUGUUCCUCAACAUCUACGGGGUCGGACUAUCACAAGCACACAAAUGGCUCCAAGCAGGCCACCGCACGCUGGACGACCUCCUCAAGCACGCCAAACUCACCACUAACCAAAAGAUCGGCAUUGACCACUACACCGACUUCACCACCCGCAUCCCCCGAGACGAAGUCGCCGCGCACGCCUCUUUCGUCCGAAAAGCCCUCCACGCCAUCAACCCGGACUUCCAAGUCCACACAAUGGGCUCCUAUCGCCGCGGAGCCAUCACCUCCGGCGACAUCGACCUGCUCAUCACCGCUCCAGGCGUCCCGCUCUCCACCCUCCAAACCACCGUCUUCGACGUCCUGGUCCCCCGCCUCUUCGCCCUCGACUUCCUCAAAGUGUCCCUCGCCUCGUCCCACGGCACCAACCACCGCACAGCCGACGGCACAAAAUGGCACGGCGCGUCGCUCCUCCCUGGAACCGACACCUGGCGCCGCAUCGACCUCCUCCUCGUCCCGUCGACGGAACUCGGCGCGGCGUUCAUUUACUUCACGGGUAACGACAUCUUCAACCGUUCCAUGCGGCUGCUCGCGUCAAAGAAGGGCAUGCGGCUCAACCAGCGGGGGCUGUUCAAGGAUGUCAUGCGUGGGCCGAAGAGGGAGAGGAUCACGGAGGGGGAGUUGGUGGAGGGGGAGAGUGAGAGGAGGAUCUUUGAGGUGUUGGGCGUGCCGUGGAGGGAGGCGGAGGAGAGGAUUUGUUGA